ACAUUUCAGCGGGAAAAAGAUAGGCUGGUGGUUGAAAUCCUGAAUAUAUAGAAUUCCCCAAAAGACAAUUCAUUUACUACCAGAGGUUUAUUUGUCCAUAUGGGGGACAUAAAAAAAAUACCAGAGCUGAGCUCCCCAGGUCUUCUUCCAAAUACAAUUCACUUCGACUUAAAUACAAAAUCCUGGGGUGGAUUUUACAACUUAAUUUGACCCUAAGUAGCUGCUCUUCUUCCCUUCAAAAACAAUCUGCUCCUCCUUCCCAUAUCUCACUUACAUGUGGGCGUCUCCAUCCUUCGAAACACACAGGCUAGAAAGUCUGAGUUGUUCCCUAUUCCUUAUUUCCCUCACAGUAAGUCACCAAAUUCUGUGGACAGUUCUGUGGAAAGGUCUCAAAUCUCUACCUCUUUCCCUUCCAUAUCACUGUCAAAAUGAUGUCCCUGUAAGAUAAGUCUAAGCCUGUCAAUGCUUAGCUUAAAAUUCUCUAUUUACUCCAGCCUGAUUACAGUAAAGUCCGUUAAAACAGCCCAAUAUAACCUAAAGGUAGUACUAUGACCUAAAGCUCACUGUACUGUGAAAACAAUCCAGCUUUCCGGUUCUAUUUUCCUCAGCUCUACUUCACCCCCAGCAUCUUUCUCCUAAUAUCCACUUUUCAUACUUCUGUGGGCCACUUAUACUCCAGAAGCCUUAAUGUGAAUUAUUAGCCAAGCAUGAACCCAGUUAUAUAGCACAAUGAACGUGUCAAGCUGGCCCUGGGAAUCGUAACAAGUAUGCAAUUAAACUUAAUUCACACUCCUGUGUGCAAAAUGGAGAAACCCAGGGAAACAGCUGUUCGAAGAGGGGGCCUUAUACCCACCCAUUUGAGCUUGCCUUCCGAGAGCGAGUAGGCUCGGCACGUGAACUGUCAAGAGCGAGGCCACAACCCACCUGGAAGCCGAAGAACAGGGUCGGCUUUCUGUACCCAGCCCUGUCUGGUACCAAACCCAACUAUUUUGAAUCAGAGACGAACAGGACCAAAGGAGGGAAGUUUCAACACCCAACCUAAGAAGCCCCAAGAGGCGCAGGGUCCGUUAACCCUGCCCAACUCCACGCUCCUUGGAAAACGAAAACAAACUCUGGUUUCUCUUCAGCGUUCACCUCUCUGAGCCCAAACGGAUCUAAAAAUAACUAAACAUGGGCAAAGGAGAUCCUAAGAAGCCGAGAGGCAAAAUGUCAUCAUAUGCAUUUUUUGUGCAAACUUGUCGGGAGGAGCAUAAGAAGAAGCACCCAGAUGCUUCAGUCAACUUCUCAGAGUUUUCUAAGAAGUGCUCAGAGAGGUGGAAGACCAUGUCUGCUAAAGAGAAAGGAAAAUUUGAAGAUAUGGCAAAGGCGGACAAGGCCCGUUACGAAAGAGAAAUGAAAACCUAUAUCCCUCCCAAAGGGGAGACAAAAAAGAAGUUCAAGGAUCCCAAUGCACCCAAGAGGCCUCCUUCGGCCUUCUUCCUGUUCUGCUCUGAGUAUCGCCCAAAAAUCAAAGGAGAACAUCCUGGCCUGUCCAUUGGUGAUGUUGCGAAGAAACUGGGAGAGAUGUGGAAUAACACUGCUGCAGAUGACAAGCAGCCUUAUGAAAAGAAGGCUGCGAAGCUGAAGGAAAAAUACGAAAAGGAUAUUGCUGCAUAUCGAGCUAAAGGAAAGCCUGAUGCAGCAAAAAAGGGAGUUGUCAAGGCUGAAAAAAGCAAGAAAAAGAAGGAAGAGGAGGAAGAUGAGGAAGAUGAAGAGGAUGAGGAGGAGGAGGAAGAUGAAGAAGAUGAAGAUGAAGAAGAAGAUGAUGAUGAUGAAUAAGUUGGUUCUAGCGCAGUUUUUUUUUCUUGUCUAUAAAGCAUUUAACCCCCCUGUACACAACUCACUCCUUUUAAAGAAAAAAAUUGAAAUGUAAGGCUGUGUAAGAUUUGUUUUUAAACUGUACAGUGUCUUUUUUUGUAUAGUUAACACACUACCGAAUGUGUCUUUAGAUAGCCCUGUCCUGGUGGUAUUUUCAAUAGCCACUAACCUUGCCUGGUACAGUAUGGGGGUUGUAAAUUGGCAUGGAAAUUUAAAGCAGGUUCUUGUUGGUGCACAGCACAAAUUAGUUAUAUAUGGGGAUGGUAGUUUUUUCAUCUUCAGUUGUCUCUGAUGCAGCUUAUACGAAAUAAUUGUUGUUCUGUUAACUGAAUACCACUCUGUAAUUGCAAAAAAAAAAAAAAAGUUGCAGCUGUUUUGUUGACAUUCUGAAUGCUUCUAAGUAAAUACAAUUUUUUUUAUUAGUAUUGUUGUCCUUUUCAUAGGUCUGAAAUUUUUCUUCUUGAGGGGAAGCUAGUCUUUUGCUUUUGCCCAUUUUGAAUCACAUGAAUUAUUACAGUGUUUAUCCUUUCAUAUAGUUAGCUAAUAAAAAGCUUUUGUCUACACACCCUGCAUACCAUAAUGGGGGUAAAGUUAAGUUGAGAUAGUUUUCAUCCAUAACUGAACAUCGAAAAUCUUGAUCAGUUAAGAAAUUUCACAUAGCCCACUUACAUUUACAAACUGAAGAGUAAUCAGUCUACUCAAAGCAUGGGAUUAUUAGAAUCAAACAUUUUGAAAGUCUGUCCUUGAAGGACUAAUAGAAAAGUAUGUUCUAACCUUUACAUGAGGACUCUAAUCUUUAACUCCCAUUACCAUGUAAUGGCAGUUAUAUUUUGCAGUUCCCACAUUAAAGAAGACCUGAGAAUGUAUCCCCAAAAGCGUGAGCUUAAAAUACAAGACUGCCAUAUUAAAUUUUUUGUUGACAUUAGUCUCAGUGAAGACUAUGAAAAUGCUGGCUAUAGAUGUCUUUUCCCAUUUAUCUCAAUAUGGACUGCUCAGGAAACGAGACUUUCCAUUACAAGUAUUUUUAAUUAAUUGGGCCAGCUUUUAAAAUGAAGAUGCCACAUUCAAAAUAGGGUAUAUUUUCCUAUAUUAUGGUUUGCCCCUUUAUAAAUCGAAGUAGAUAGGAGGAAAGAAGACACUUAAACUUUGCAUCUCAGUAUGAAUUAUUCAACUUAUUUGAAUGAUUUUUCUUUAUAAAACAAACUCAUUAGUCAUUAUCUGCUUAGCAGUUUAGGGAACAAUUUGGCAAUUUUGUGGUUUUUCGAGAUUAUCGUUUUCUUAAAGUGCCAGUAUUUUAAAAUAGCGUUCUUGUAAUUUUACACGCUUUUGUGAUGGAGUGCUGUUUUGUUAUAUAAUUUUGACUUGGAUUCUUUCCAUUUGCAUUUGUUUAUGUAAUUUCAGGAGGAAUACUGAACAUCUGAGUCCUGGAUGAUACUAAUAAACUAAUAAUUGCAGAGGUUUUAAA